AUGUCUGGUUUAACUUCUCUAAUGAUAUCAUUUUAUGAACUCAAUCGAUCAUCGACAUUUUGUUGCUCAGAAACGACCCUUCGUCAACGAUACAAACACGAAUUUCAACAACUUUUGCAUCAUCGUCUGAAUCAAUCGUACGAACAGCCAUCGAAUGUUUCCUAUUCGAUGGCAUCGUCAUUACCUAAAUUACCGUAUUUCUAUUCAUUAUGGAAAACAUCUCGACUACUUCCACGGUUAAUAACACCAUGUGAACAUCAAGUAUACAUCAAACUAUUGAAAACAUUACAUGACCUCUGUGAAAGCAAUGGAAUACAUUAUAUGAUCAGCCAUGGAACUUUGUUAGGAUCAUACAGAAAUCAUGACAUACUACCAUACGAUGACGAUGCUGAUGUUUUGAUUCCUAGAAAAGACUAUUCUCGUCUUGCAGAACUCAAUCAGUUGAAUAACGAAACAGAUUGGGAAUUUUAUUUGAAAUCAUCGCGAAAUAUGAAAUUUUACUUUCGAAAGUCUCCACCUGCAGGUAGAUACUCAUGGAAAUGGCCAUUCAUUGGUAUACAAUUCUAUACUGAAACUGCUACACAUAUUAAGAUAAAACGUGAUAUUUCCAAACAAUUCAUCUUCCCACUUGUGCUGCGCCCUAUUGCUACUCUCUGGUUGCGUGCACCGCGUAACGCGCACAAAUAUCUAAAUAGUUUAAUGAAUGGGCACUAUUCAAAGUUUUCCAUCGAUGAAAAGUGUCUCUUGCAAAAAUACUCACAUCGACAUGAAGCGCAUCGAUAUAUAUCAAGAGCAGUUGACUGUGUUCAAUUGCACAACACUUAUCCUUUCAUUAGACGAACAUGUGACGAGACAUAUUGUCAAGAACAUUUCAUGCUAAAUAAUCAAACCGUACUGUAUACUUUGAAGAUGUUAAAAGAUCAAUAA